AAUAAGUCCCAAGCGGCGGCCACUGGGCAGAACCGGCAGCAGGAGCCUCGGGCCAUGGCGGGUGAGGACCACUCGUUGCAGGGAAGCAUCCUCUACAAUCUACUGAUGAGCGCGAAGCAGAAACACGCGGCUGCUCCGGAAGAGCCCAAGGUGCGCUUGGGGGCUCAGUGCUGGGGUUGUGCCUGCGGUGCUCAGCCGGUCUUGGGCGGGGAGGGACUGCCCGGAGGGCAAGCCAUGUCCCUCCUGUACCGCUGCUGCUUUUGCGGGGAGAACCACCCGCGCCAGGGCAGCAUCCUCUAUUCUAUGCUCACUAGCGCCAAGCAGUCAAGCACAGUGACCCAGGCGCCCAGGGCGCGAUUCGGAUCCCCGUGCUGGGGCUGUGCAUGCGGCAGCGCCGAACCCCUGGUGGGAAGAGAGGGGCCGCCGCCCGGCCGGGCAGCCUCGCUCCUGUACCGCUGUUGCUUCUGUGGAGAAGAGCACCCGAAGCAGGGCAGCAUCUUGUACAGCUUGCUCACUAGCGCCAAGCAGACGCACGUGGCUCCGGAAGCGUCCGAGGCACGUCGCGGUGGCGAGUGGUGGCAGCUGUCCUACUGUACUGAGAGAGUGGAUGGUCCAGAGGGGCUACAGAGCGCACAGGCCAUGGCGUUCCUGUACCGCAGCUACGUGUGCGGUGAAGAGCAGCCCCCGCAGAGCAGCAUAGCCUCUGGCACUCCCGGGAGCGCAGAUCAACUGCCCGAGGCUCCGGAGGAGCAGCCACCUAGGGCCCCCUGGUGGGACGCCUCUUCUGGCGUGUGGCGUCCUUUGACACUCAAGAAUCCACAGGUGGUGUGCGAGGCAGCAUCAGCAGGCCUGCUGAAGACGCUGCGCUUUGUCAAGUAUUUGCCCUGUUUCCAGAUCCUGCCCCUGGAUCAGCAGCUGGUACUGGUGCGGAGCUGUUGGGCGCCCCUACUCAUGCUUGAACUCGCCCAGGAUCACCUGCACUUCGAGAUGAUGGAGAUCUCGGAGCCUAGCGUGCUGCAGAAGAUGCUCACCACCAGGAGGCAGGAGACCACGGAGGGCGAUGAGCCCUCAGAUCCCCUGGCCAAAGAGCAGCCACAGAUGGUGUCCUCCGCGGAGGCUGGACACCUGCCUUCGGCCUCCGCGGUCCAAGCCAUAAAGAGUUUCUUUAUCAAGUGCUGGAGUCUGAACAUCGAUACCAAGGAGUAUGCCUAUCUGAAGGGGGCCGUGCUCUUUAACCCAGACCUGCCUGGCCUGCAGUGUGUGAAAUACAUCCAGGGCCUUCAGUGGAGAACUCAGCAGAUCCUCACUGAACACAUCAGGGUGAUGCAGAGAGAGUACCAGAUCAGAUCCGCUGAACUGAAUAGUGCCCUUUUCCUACUGCGAUUCAUCAAUACUGAUGUCAUCACUGAACUCUUUUUCAGACCCAUCAUUGGUGCAGUCAGCAUGGAUGAUAUGAUGCUGGAAAUGCUCUGUGCAAAGUUGUGAAGGCAUGUGGGCUACUCAAGUGCAGUUUACCAUAGAAGAAGGAGAAAAUGUUAGCUAUAGGCAGAAGAGUGCUAACUAUUGUGAAAACAAACUUUCUUGUAUUUUUACAUGCAUAGUAUAUUUGUAUUCAAUCGAAGAAAUACUUUAGUUACAGACAAUGUAAAAACUUCUCUGCUUCAUACUGGUUCCUUGUAAAGGAAAGCAUUUGCUAACAAAUAACAUACCUCCAUAUGUCUAUCUUUAAGAUGGGGGUACUAUGCUUACUUCUCUUUCCAUUGGCCCUGCCAAAUAACAUUUAUAAUAGUAAGUUUUAAUAAAAUUUAAGGUGUUAACCAUUAAGUUGACUGGAGAGAUUUUUCUUGGGGUGUAAAUCUUCAAUUGUUUUUAAUCUAGCAAACAUAACUGAAGGUAUAUUUAUAAGUAACUUCGUGAGAUUUAAUGUUACAGUAUGUCAGUGCCAAUGAAAAGUUAUUCUGUCUAGAUUCAUUUCUACAUUCAAUAAUUGCAUGAAAUUUUGUCUUUGUUCCUACCUGAAACCCAAAAGGCAAUUUGUGUUCUGAAAAGUGAAAAAAAUAUUUUCAUAGUUUGAAUUUGGAAUUUUUAUUUAUACAAUUAUGGACUUGAAUUAAAUUUCCAUAGUAAACCCAAAUUCUAUCAGGGGGCAUCAUUGUUUCAGAAAGUUCAACAUGACCAUAAAACCCUAAUUAUAUCCUACUUUUUAGGUACACUGUUUAGGUGACUGAAAUUAAACAAUCUUGAAUUGUAAUUAUGAAGUUGUGUCCUGCAGCCCCUUUAAAUAAAAUCUAUAGAAAUUUU